AUGAACUCCACAAAUAACUUUAUUAUCACAAUUUUUUUUACUUUAUUAUUAUCCUUUACUCAUGCUGCUGACGAUGUUCGUUUUUUCACUUCCGAUGGUGUUGUUUACAGUUAUGCUGUCGUUACUAGUACUAUUAGACCUGCUACCGUUGUAGUCGAAACUUUAUACUACACAACUACGCGUGUUCAUGAGGUUACCUUAAGUAACAACGUUGUUACUUCCGUAACAGAAGAAAUUACUUCUGCUUCCACUUCGUCUGCUACUUCCUUUUUAGCAACUACCACUUCUUCUCCAACUGCCACUACCAUUGCCGCUGUUCAAAGUUCUUCCAUUCAAUUAGCUCCAGAAGAAGAAUUUGUUGCUUCUACUGUCGAUGCGCAAACGUCUUCUGGGAGACUCACAACUACUUUAAUGCCAGUUUCUUCCAAUGAAGGAGAGAGCCAGCAAGCUUCAACUAGUUCCACUUCCGUUAUAAGUUCGAUUCAAUUAUUGACUGUUGAAAGUGCUACACAACAGGCUGUUCCUUCUUCUACUUCAAGUUCUUCCCCAACUACUUCCUCUGUUCCAUCCAGUACUCUAGAAAGUGCCACUGUCACCUCUCCUGCUUCCGAUGUUUGCGAUGAUUUAUACUAUUCCACUUAUUACAUAACAUCUUCUGGUGAAUCUAUUGAUGCUGCUACAACUAUAACAAGUACUAAGACUACUUAUGUCACUGUUAACGUUUAA